CAGCUGCCAUUUCUAGUCAAGACCGUUCGAAGAAUGAAUAUAUUUAGGUUUCUUCCGCCAAUACUUGACCAUUACAGUUGAUGACCGCUAAUCAAGAGUAUUCAACGUGAAUUCCCGUAACUGCAGGAUCAAAUGUAAGUUAAAGAAUCAACAUUAUGAUGUCAUUGAGUAAUAUCUACAAACCUGAAGCAAACAAGUUUUCUCAUCUUGGAAGUGAAGAUGAUGAUGAUUCUGAUGAGCUGGAUGAUGAAAUUGACGACAGCUACAACAAAGCAUUGCACAGUCCUACAAGAAAUGUUCAGAAACCGUUGAUGGCACCAAACAGGACCACAAAAAUAAGAAGAGCGCACUCUAAGCCAUGGUGUACAACCAGGGCCUGUUUUGUCUGCUUUGUCUGGCUUGCAUUCUUUUCUAUUUGUGUCUCUGGCCUUGUACUUCUCAUUCUGCGAGCAGUUGAUUCAGUGGAUUCAAAAACAAAUGAUCCAAAUACUCACUUUGUCAAGAAAGUUUUAUUGGAUAACCAACAGACAUCCUUCAAUGAUGAGAGCAAUUUUGCUCCCUGUGAUGAACUUUAUGCUACAAAGGUGUGGCACACAACAAUGUCUAAACUAAUGACCGAAACGGCUGUGCGACUUAAUGAUGUCAAUGAAGAUGGUGUUGAUGACCUCAUGGUAGGGUUUUCAACUGGCGUUGAUGGGUACAAUGCACCUAAAAUCUCUUGUGAUCUAUAUUUUAAUGGCACUUAUCCAUGCUAUGGUGGGCUUUUGGCUCUUGAUGGUAAAACUGGCAGAGAAAUAUGGAGGCAUUAUACCAUGCAUGAAAUCUACUCAGUAAACUGUAACGGUGAUUUGGAUGUGGAUGGUGUACGAGACUGCUUGAUUUCAGGAAGGGCAGGAGUCUUCCAAGCUGUUAGUGGCAAGAAAGGACAGCUUAUUUGGAAUUUUGGACCACAGGAAUCUAGGGAUACUAACAUGAAUUUGUACACAGCACAGUUUAUCAGAGAUCUUAAUGGUGAUGGGGUGAUGGAAGUUUUAGUCACACAUGGGGGAGACCCUUUGGCGGAACCAAAUAGCCCUCAUCGUCUGGUUGGACGUCUUUUGAUAUUUUCUGGCAAAACUGGACAGGUGCUAAGAUGGUCAAACACUCCGGAUGAGAGGGAAACUUACUUUUCUCCUGUCAUAUACACGAAGAAGGAUUCUACAGAGCUUGUGCUUUUUGGAACUGGAGGAGAGACACACCCAGGAGGACUGUGGGUUGUCUCUCUCAUGGAUUUAUUUCAUGGUUUGAUAGAGAACUCCAAACUCAUUUACAAAGAUGACUAUAAAGGAGUAAUGAAUCCACCCAUUCUUGUGGAUUUGAACAAAGAUGGAACUGUCGACAUUACUAUGGCAAUGUAUAACACAACAAUCAUUGCUUUUGAUGGAGAAACUUAUGAGAGACUCUGGGAUUUUGUUUUCCCAUCGAGUGAAUCUUACUCGGUCCCAGCAGCAGGUUUCUUCAAUAAAGACAACACACCUGACUUUCUUGUCAGAUACAAUUAUGGAACAGGAUUUCCAGUUUAUUUCUACUCAAAUGUGACAGUGCUUGAUGGCAAAACAGGCAAACUACUGGUUAAACCCUUUGUCAAGUCAUCAUCAAUGGCCAAUACAUCACCAUUGUCCGUCAGCAUGCAGGGACUUGGUAAUGAUCUGUUUAUCUACUGGAUAUCAGACUGUAUUGGACAUGAAGGAGAUGGUACAAGAUUCGAGUUUGUUGAAGGGACUAAUGUACAUGAGCAGAGUCGCGCUGACACUUGCAAGCUUCGUUACAAUGCCAAGAGCUUCAGCAAGCUGUAUGUUACAAAUCAUAAUAUUGGCUUCCCUGGAGAAGAAAUUUAUUAUUCAGAGGACUAUCGGGAUAUAGAGCGUGAGGUUACAGGGGAGCAACCAAGGGGUUCUGACAAAAGUACAAACAGCAGCGGUGCUGAAAAAGCCGCUAGGGAAAACUCCAGCGCGAACUCACGAGAAAGAAGACACGUAGGUGCACCGGACCAUGGCGGAUAUCAGAGGCUGAUGGCAACAGGCAGUGUGGUGACGUCACUAGGAGAAGAGAACAAUACAGGACCUGCUGACUCUAUUGAUGUGGUGUUCACUGCAUACUGGCAGUACCCAGCCAAAGUUAGGAUUAUACUGCCUGAGGAUAAGGCUUGUAUUGAGAAUUACAGAAACCUCAGCAAAUCAGGUAAUGUUUGCUGAAGCUUGUAUAACCCAAACCAGGAGCCCAUCACUAAGAGAGUGUGCAACUCCCAUACUAAGUCACGGCAUUUUUACAGACUGGUCUAUUUUAAGGCUUCUUUUCCCGCCAAAUAAGUGAGUUCCGGUCUGCAUGAGCGCUCAUCGGUGAGGAAAAAAUGGCGGCCUCAGGUGGUUUUUCUUUUUAAUCUUCCGGUAAAUAAAUAUUAAGUUCAUGCUUGUGAUUGGUCAUUGAGGUUCCUGCGGGGAUCUGAAUUCGCAGUAAAUUCAAACUAAAAAUAGAUCGGUCUGUGAAAACGCCGUGACAGGAAUAUGGGGUAGUUGCCCGCACCUAGUGAUGGGCUCCUGCCCAAACGUAAUUUAGAGCUAUACACGCCCGGCUGUUUCCGCUUGGAAGAGUUUCCGAUCAAUAGUGUACAUCGGUUUGGCCAAGAGAGGAUGAAGGGGAAGUUAGUUGAUUAUUCCCAAGGUAAUCUCUCACAAGUCAUUUUUAGACAUGGUACCCAGUUCUUCCGCGGAUUUGUGUUACCACGCGCGAUGCGUGAAUAUUUUUCGUGAAGGA